UUCAAACCGGAUAUAGAACCAGAAGUGACAACUGGCUUUCUAAGACACCGGAAGUACUCGUCGGUUUUGGUGACGCUGCAUAAGACUGCAAGACAUGGACCGGUCUAGGUUGUUCGGGUUGAUCUUCCUUAGCCUGGCUCUCUGUGGAGCUGACGCGCUCACACCUGCGCACUACCUCUCCCUGUCUGAUGUGGCCCGGCUGCAGAACCUCCUGAGCCAGCACUUCACGGACCUGGAGUCCGCAUACUACUCGGUUGUGGGUCUGUCCAAACUUGGAGCAACUGUCCCGGAUCACACGGAAGUCUGCCAGUACAUCAACUCUCAGCUUGAUCCCACAAGUGUUGACUCCAUCUUCUUUGCUGCAGAGACCAGUCAAGCGAUUUCAGGAUGUGAGAUCCCUGUGUCCAACGAAACCCGGGACAUCCUCCUGGCAGCGGUCAGUGAAGAUUCCACCAUGUCUCAGAUUCACCGGGCUGUGAGCGCCCUCAACUCUCUGGGGCUUCCUGUGGCUUCUCAGGAAGCUGUGGGGGCCUUGACCGCUCGCAUCAACAAAGAGGACAACGUCAUGGCGAUCACCUUAGCUCUGCAGACAGCAGCUCGUCUGUCCCAGCAGGCUGAACUUGGAGGAAUCCUGGAGGAGAUUGAGGACCUGACAGCACGCCUGGAUGAUCUUGGCGGCAUCUACCUCCAGUUUGAAGAAGGACUUGAGGCAACCGCCAUGUUUGUGACUGCUGCUUAUUCACUGUCCGAUCAUGUGGAUAUGGAACCCCCACUGAAGGAGGACCAGGUCAUCCAGCUGGUGAACUCCAUAUUCAGCAAGAAAUCCUGGGACUCAUUGGCUGAGGCCUUCAGUGUGACAAGUGCCGCCGCUGCCCUCUCCAACAAUCGCUUCCAUGUGCCCGUCAUUGUCAGUGCUCAGGGUCCAGCCACAGUGUCUCACAGCCAGCCAACCCUGCAGCUCCUUGUUACUGAUGUCAUGUCUCAACCUCUGGCCACGGCCAAUGUUCUGGUGGAAUCUGCAUAUGCUGUGGCCUCCAAGAGCAUCGUCCUCAGCCAGGCACCAUUCACACUUAAUGACGGCGUCUUUGAGCUGAACUUCAUGUCUACCCAGCCAGCCAGUGGAUAUUAUCAGUUCACUGUUGCAGUGGCAGGAGACAGCCGACUGGUUGCCAACCAUGUGGAGCUUAAAGUGAAGGUGUCCACUGAGGUGGCCGUCAGUAACAUGGAUCUCUCUGUGGUGGAUAAGGACCAGAGCAUUGGCACCAAAACUACCAGAGUGGACUACCCCUCAAAGGCCAAGAUCUCCUUCACAGCAGACAGUCACCAGAACUUUGCAAUGUCCUUCCAGUUAGUUGACGUCAACACUGGAGUGGAGCUCACCCCUCACCAGACAUUCGUCCGGCUUCACAACCAGAAGACCAGCCAAGAGGUUGUGUUUGUGGCUGAACCCGACAACAAGAACCUCUACAAGUUUGAGUUGGACACAGCAGAGCGGAAAUCUGAGUUUGACUCCAUGUCCGGUACCUACUCCCUCCACCUCAUCGUUGGAGAUGCUACCUUGGAGAACCCCAUCUUGUGGAACGUGGCUGAUGUCAUCCUGAAGUUUGUGGAUGAAGAGGCUCCAGCCACCAUCCAGCCCAAGACUCUUUAUGUACCAAAACCAGAGAUCCAGCACUUAUUCAGGGAACCAGAGAAGAAGCCUCCCACAGUGGUCUCCAACGCCUUCACCGCACUCAUCCUGUCCCCGCUCCUGCUCCUGCUCAUCCUGUGGUUAAAGCUCGGAGCCAACAUUUCCAACUUCAGUUUCUCCCCCAGCACCAUUCUGUUCCAUGUGGGACACGCAGCCAUGCUGGGCCUGAUGUACGUCUACUGGACCCACCUGAACAUGUUCCAGACCCUGAAGUACCUGGCAAUUAUCGGCGGAGUAACUUUCCUCGCUGGAAACCGCAUGCUGGCGCAGAAAGCAGUGAAGAGAAUUGAGAAAAAAUAAGGAGAAGAAAAUGAAAAGAGGACACUGAUGAAGCUCAUAUUGUUUCAAAGGAGUCAUCUCACAUCACAUCGAAUCAGACUUAAACACGGCGUGGGAGUUCAAGAAUUCAAUCGGCAGUUUAAACAUGCAGUUUGUCAGCGUUGCCAAAUGGAAGGAAUCAAGAUAUCACUGCAUCUCUGAGGACAAACGCUCACACACAGAUCCUCCCACUGAGGGCUGUAAAGCUACUGAUCAUUGCACUUCAUCUUCCUGUGAGAUUUGUCUUCUUAUUGUCCAACAUGCCAGCGUGUCCUGAGUCAGCUGGGUUUUUUUAUUUGUGGGUUUUUAUUUGAUUUGUGGUUAUAUUUUGUACAUUCCUCUGUUUUCGCUCAGUGCCCGUUUCACCUCAUAGUAGAAGCUGAUCGUGAAACCACUGGCAGGAGCACUGACACUUUGGAUCUUACUACGCCAGUGUGUUAGCCUCAUGUGUGCAUCACAUCAGGAGAUUUGAUAAAAAGUUGGUAUCACCCCCCCAAAAAAAUGUUAAUAAUGAAACAUGGUCCAUUUGAAGACGAGAUGUUUUUGUAAUGAGGAAGAGGAAAUAAAGAAUUUGAGGUGAAUCAAA